UUUCAUUCUGGCAAUCAACAUGUUGGCGCGCGUGCUCAAGCAAUCCUCUACUCCCUUCCGCGGCCUUGCGCGCCGUUCGAUGGCGACUGUUGCUGAUGAGAUGACCGUUCGCGAUGCGUUGAACACGGCCAUGGAUGAAGAACUUGCCCGCGACGAGUCUGUGUUCAUCAUGGGGGAAGAAGUCGCCAAGUACAAUGGCGCGUACAAAGUCACCAAGGGGCUCUGGGAAAAGUACGGCGACAAGCGCGUUUGGGACACGCCGAUCACGGAAGCCGGGUUCACUGGUCUGUGUGUUGGCGCUGCGUACCAUGGCACGAAGCCGAUCGUUGAAUUCAUGACGUUCAACUUCGCCAUGCAAGCUAUCGAUCAAAUCAUCAACUCAGCUGCCAAGCAGUUCUACAUGAGUAACGGUGACAUCGCCGUGCCGAUCGUGUUCCGCGGCUCGAACGGUGCCGCGUCUGCCGUCGCCGCCCAGCACUCGCAGUGCUUUGCCGCUUGGUACGGCUCGGUCCCUGGGUUGAAGGUCGUCGUCCCGUAUGAUUCCGAAGAUGCCCGUGGUCUCUUGAAGGCCGCCGUGCGUGACCCCAACCCGGUUGUGGUCCUUGAGAAUGAAUUGAUGUACGGCACGUCGUUCCCAGUCUCGAAGGCAGCGCAAGACAAGGACUUCCUCAUCCCGAUCGGCAAGGCCAAGAUCAUGAAGCCCGGCAAGGACGUCACCAUUGUGACCUUCUCGCGUAUGGUGGGCGUCUCUCUCGAAGCGGCGGCAGUGCUCGCUAAGGAAGGAAUCGACGUUGAAGUGAUCAACCUCCGUUCGAUCCGUCCCUUGGACCGCGAUACCAUCAUUGCGUCGGCCAAGAAGACAUCGCGCGUUGUGUCUGUUGAAGAAGGGUGGGGCCAACACGGCAUUGGCGCUGAAAUCGCCGCCAUCCUCAUGGAAACCGACGCGUUCGACUACUUGGACGCCCCCAUGGAGCGCGUGACCGGCUCGGACAUCCCCAUGCCGUACGCCGAGAACUUGGAGCGACUGGCCGUACCCCAAGUCGAAGACAUCGUCGCAGCUGUCAAGCGAACGACGGCCCGAACUUUGUAAUUAGAAACAUGCCCGUGUUGAGGUAUUUGUACAACAUCUCGCGUUUCCAACGUGUAGAAAACGUUUAGAAAAGCAACUCCACACCCUACUCAACUUUCAAA